CCCAGACUAUGUAAGCAGCGUGUUGGGUGAGUUCAGAGUCUGAUGACGCCUUCGGUCAGCAACUGAGAACUUCGCGAGAGAGACAGCGCAGCGACAUGGCUAAGUGUGGAUCAUGUGGACCCGGAUACAAGUCUCCUGUGGACGCCAUGAAAGGCCCCAGAGAGGAGCUGAUCUACGUCCCCUGCAUCUACCGCAACACCGGCAUCAACAAGCCCGACUACCUGGCCACAGUGGAUGUGGACCCCAAAUCUCCCCAUUACUCCCAGGUCAUCCACCGCCUGCCGAUGCCCAACCUGAACGAUGAGCUCCACCACUCCGGCUGGAACACCUGCAGCAGCUGCUUCGGGGACGUCACCAAAGUCCGGGACAAGCUCAUCCUCCCCUGCCUCAUCUCCUCCCGCGUCUACGUGGUGGACGUGGGCACCGACCGCCUGGCCCCCCGCAUCCACAAGGUGGUGGAGCCGGAGGAGGUCCACAAGAAGUGCGGCUUGGGAAACCUACACACCUCGCACUGCCUGGGCUGCGGAGAGAUCAUGAUCAGCACUCUGGGGGACCCCGCCGGGAACGGCAAAGGAGGCUUCGUGCUGCUGGAUGGAGAGACGUUCGAGGUGAAGGGCAACUGGGAGGUGGAGGGCAACGCUACGCCCUUCGGCUACGACUUCUGGUACCAACCGCGCCACAACGUCAUGAUCAGCACCGAGUGGGGAGCGCCGAAGAUCUUCUCCAAAGGGUUCGACAUAGAGGACGUGAAGGCGGGACACUACGGUCAGAGUAUCCACGUGUGGGAUUGGACGAAGCACACCCGCAUACAGACGCUGGACCUGGGGGCGGACGGACUGAUUCCUCUGGAGGUCCGAUUCCUGCACAACCCGGACGCUGCGCAGGGAUUCGUCGGCUGCGCGCUCGGCGCCUCCAUCUUCCGCUUCUACAAGACGGCGGAUGGAAAGUGGGCGGCGGAGAAGGUCAUCCAGGUGCCAAAUAAAAAGGUGGAGGACUGGGCGCUGCCAGAGAUGCCGGGGCUCAUCUCGGAUAUCCUGAUUUCUCUGGACGAUCGCUUCCUGUACUUCUGUAACUGGAUCCACGGCGACCUCCGGCAGUAUGACAUCACCGACACGUGUCACCCCAAACUGGUGGGGCAGCUCUUUCUUGGUGGCAGCAUUGUCAAGGGCGGUGCGGUGAAAGUGCUGGAAGAUAAGGAGCUAAAAUGUCAGCCGGAUCCAGUAUUCAUCAAGGGGAAGAAGAUUCCGGGGGGACCUCAGAUGAUCCAACUCAGCCUGGACGGGAAGAGGCUCUACGCCACCACCUCGCUGUACAGCGCCUGGGACAAACAGUUCUACCCGGACAUGAUUAAGGAAGGCUCCGUCAUGGUGCAGAUUGAUGUGGAUACAAAGAAGGGAGGACUCUCCAUCAAUAAGAACUUCCUGGUGGAUUUCGGAAAGGAGCCGGAAGGUCCCGCUCUCGCCCACGAGUGCCGCUACGAGGGAGGAGACUGCAGCUCCGACAUCUGGAUCUAACCCCCCCUCCCCCUCUCUAAAACUGAAGUCACAUGUCAGUUAUAGGUGGAGUCUAUUGCGAGGGGCUCCCAGUCCAUCCACAUGUCCCGGCUUCCGGGUCCAUAUUCUGCUGCUUCCAUCCCUAUAAUGAGAAGAUGAAAGAGAUGAUCUGCCCCCCCCCCAUUAUAAUGACAUCAUAGCAUGAUUGCUCCACCCACAAUGCCUACGCCGCUGCCUCUUGACCAAUAAGGAUUUGUUUUCUGUGUCUGAUUAUUGUCAGUUGAUCAUUAAAGAGGCGCUCCGCCCAAAACGGAGCGUCACCGAGUGACCGUC